GUAUCCCGCCCGAUUUCUUCUCCACUUUUUAUUUAUAAUGCCCCCGCCCGUUUACAGUUUUCUUCUGAAUCCCAAAUCUCAAUUUUCGAUUAAGUUCAAGGAUUCCGAAAUUGCUUCCAAUCCACAACCGCCAUCGUCGCGUAUACUCAUUGCUCAUCUGUGUAGUCCACGGAAAGUUUUACAGCCGCCACUCGCACUUUUGCUUGAUUAAUUGAUUUGCGUUUUGAAUUUUGAUCACAGUACAGGAAGGACAGCUCCAGUAAUCUUACAGUAAGCUGCCAUUGGCUUCUUAUCCUUCCAAUCUGUUUGGAUUCGAGUACAUACUGUAUCUGAUGAAGCCCUGUCUCACGUAUGCGUGAUGAAAUUCCAUAGACUUGUAGAUUCAGUGGGAAAGAGAUGAAUAUAUCUGGUCUCCUAACAUCUGCUGGUAUUAAUACUGGGGUUUGUGUUGGACUCUUUUCUCUUUACUCUGUCUUGAGAAAACAACCUAGCCUUGUGAGCGUGUACUUCGGGCAAAAGCUUGCUAAUGUGCAGUCAAAGCACCGUGAUCCGUUUCGUUUUGGGAGACUUAUUCCUUCUCCAAGUUGGAUAAUGAAAGCAUGGGAAACAUCUGAAGAUGAGUUAUAUGACAUUGGGGGUGUAGAUGCCGUGGUAUUUCUCCGCGCUGUUGUUUUCAGUAUCAGAGUUUUCAGUGUUGCUGCUGUUGUAUGCUUGCUUAUUGUUCUUCCAGUUAAUUAUUAUGGGAAAGAAAUGAAUCACAAGGGAAUUCCAGAUGAACCAUUGGACGUGUUCACAAUUGGGAAUGUCCGUGAAGGCUCACAAUGGCUUUUGCUCCAUUGUCUUGCAUUAUACAUCAUAUCUUUCUUUACAAGCGUUCUCCUUUACUUUGAAUACAAGAACAUGACAAAAAUGAGGCUGGCACAUAUUGCUAACUCUCUUUCCCACCCAAGCCACUUGACUGUAAUUGUUCGUGCAAUUCCAUGGAAUCAAGAAGGAUCAUACAGUGGCACUUUAACUAAAUUCUUCACCGAGUUCUAUCCUUCAAGCUAUUUGUCACACCAAAUGGUUUAUCACUCUGGAUCAGUUCAGAAAUUGAUACAUGAUGCGGAGAAGAUGUAUAAGCUAAUGAAGUCUGACCGCGUGGAGCAACGUUGUGUGCAAUUAGUGAGAUGUGGCUUUUGUGGAGGCACAACAACAUCUUUCAACAUCCUUGACAAUGAUUGCAAAAGCUGUAAGGCGGAAACAUCCCUUGAUACUUCAGAUCUUCAACAAAAGGAGUGUGCAGCUGCUUUGGUUUUCUUCAGGACACGAUAUGCUGCAUUGGUUGCUUCAGAGGCUCUCCAAUCACCAAACCCCAUGCUGUGGGUGACAGAUGCUGCCCCAGAACCAAGUGAUAUAUAUUGGUCAAACUUAAGUGUGCCGCACCGACUUUUUUGGAUUCGCAGGAUAGCUGUCAUCGUUGCCUCUGUUUGUUUCGUGAUUUUCUUUCUCAUUCCUGUGGUGUUUACGCAAAGUCUGGUUCAUCUUGAUAAGCUAAAGAAGAUAAUGCCAUUCCUGAAUAAUGUUGUGGAAAGGAAAUUGUUUGAACAGCUGAUCACAGGAUAUUUACCUAGCGUUGUGUUCAUCAUCUUCUUGUCCGUUGUCCCUCCAUUAAUGAUGCUAUUUUCUACAUUGGAGGGUGCCAUAUCUCGUAGUGGCAGGAAAAGAAGCACAUGCAUUAAAUCUAUAUAUUUUGUCAUCUGGAAUGUGUUCUUUGCCAACAUUCUCACAGAGGCUGCUAUUGAGCAUUAUCAAGUUUCAAUCCAAAAGUUGGGAGAUCCAAAAAACAUACCACAUGUACUUGCCAAAGCUGUACCAUCCACGGCAACUUUCUUUACGACCUAUGUCCUCACAUCAGGCUGGGCAAGCUUGUCGGUUGAGCUAAUUCAGCCAUUUCCUCUUAUUUUCAACUCGUUUUGUAGAUUUAUUCUUCGAAACACAGAUGAUUUAUCUUAUGGCACCUAUACCUUCCCUUAUCACACAGAAGUUCCGAGAGUCCUUUUGUUUGGUCUUCUUGGCUUCAGUUGUUCCAUAUUGGCACCUCUAAUAUUGCCCAUAUUGCUGUUUUACUUUGUGCUCGCCUUUCUAGUGUACCGCAAUCAGAUAUUGAAUGUAUACGUGACAGAGUACGACUCUGGUGGAUUAUACUGGCCUAUCGUGCACAAUACAACGAUAUUCUCAUUGGUCCUGACACAAACAAUUGCUUUGGGUGUGUUUGGUUUGAAAAAAUCGCCGGUUGCAUCAGGUUUCACUUUUCCAUUGAUCAUCUGCACACUUCUCUUCCAUGAGUAUUGCCGACAACGGUUCCACCCAGUCUUCAGAAAAAUACCGGCCCAGACCCUGUUGGAGAUGGAUCGUAAAGACGAGGCCACUGGAAAGAUCCAAGAACUCCAUCAAAAAGUACAAUCUUCCUACUGCCAGUUCAAAUCCAAGAAGAUCAAUCUUCACAAGGAGACGGAGCAAAGCCCGUCUGAGUUAGCAUUGGAUAGCACCGAGAAAGGCAACAAUGCCACAGUCGAAGUAGAUAUGGAGGAAACUGCGGCAGAAAAGAAGCAGAAAGCAGAAAGCCCUGAUUUGGAAUCACCUCAUUCAUGAAGGUAUGAAACUAAGUUGGAAGAAGAAGGGGUGUGUAUAAUUUGAGGAAUAUGUAUAUAACACACAUCCAUACAUAUUAUAUAUAAAUGCAUCUCUCAGGGCUUCCUAUUUUUAAUGAGUAUUAUUGGUUCUUCAUUGCUUUGGAGCUUGGCCUGAGCUAUAAAAUGGAAAUAUAGGAGGGGUAUAACAUUCACUAAAUUUGUCAGUCAUUCUCUUAAUUAAUUAUAUUAAAAUAUUUAUCUAAAUUACACGUUGAAUUCACCACAAAGUAGAGCAAUAUAAACAAAAAACGAUAGAAUUGAAUUGAAUGCCCAAACUUAUUAUGAUCGUUGGUCAAUAUAUUACAGAUGAGAUUGUUUCGAUUUCAAUUCACAGAUGAUUGAACUCAUAAACUCUCUAUGAUGAUCACCGAGAUGAUGAUCGAUUAUUAUUAUUAUUGUUAUUAUUAUUGUCGUCGUCCCCAAUCUUCAGAAUACUAAAUAAGACAGACAGACAGAUAGACAGAGCAUACGAUCGAUCGAUCACAUGAUGGUACAGUUAUUACCGGAAGAAGGAGAAGGCUUGGCCUGGGAAUCGGCGGCGCAAGUGUCGGCGGCGACGCCUGGCCAG